CGCCCAUUGAGAUGAUGCAAGGAGGCCCGCCCACACCACCACCCACGAGCGCGACGGAGCAGCUCGACGCAGCCAGAGACGCUGCACUCGCGGGCGUCGCCAGCCCUCAGCCCGCCACUGCCGCUCCUGGACCUCCUGCAGCCACCGAGGGCGCACCAGCCGUGUCGCAGGCUCAGGCUGGCCCAGCGCCCGCUGGUGCACAGGGGGACGUCUACCAGCGCACGUUCCCCCAGAUCGCCGCUCUCGUAUCGCAGGGCAAGUACAGCGAGGCGGCAUAUGUAGCUGAAGUCACCGAUCUGAAUGUUGAAGGGGACGCGUCGCCCUCACGGCUGCUCGUCAUCGCGCCUCUAGUCCUCUCCUACCUCAUCAUCGAUGACCUAACACCAGCCCACCACGCCCUCAUGCGCCUGCCCAAGCUGCCCUCGACGGCGCUCGUCUCGCACCCCCUCACCCAGGCGCUCAUGAGACUGCUCGCCUCCACCCUGGAACGAAAAUACGAGAACAUCUACGCGCGCGCGCAGGAGAUCUUCCUGCUCUCGCAGCAGGGUCACCUCGCGGAUCCGAACCUCGCUCAACUCGUCGCGUCGAUGUCGCAGACCUUUGUCGAGUCAUUCCAGCAACGAACUUUCACCCUCCUUUCCAAGGCGUUCACGUCAAUUCCUCUAUCGGAAGCCCAGGCGUACUUGGGCAUGCAGCAGGACCAACUUCUAUCUAUCGCAAACGCGCAGGGAUGGAAGUUCGACUCCGCGACACAGAUUCUCCAGCCCACUGCCCCUACCCAAAUCGGCACCAGCGCGGGCUCUCAAGGCUCAUCCUCUCUGGGCACGUUCGGCGUGGUGGCCAACGGGCUCUCGAGGUUGAUGACAGAGGCUUGAAGGAGAGACGACGAUGUUCCCGUUUUCUUGCAACCACUUGUACAGAUAGCAACG